UGUUUGAGUUUGACCAGCUUGUGGUUUGGUUCAUGGGAUUAUUAUCGGCCUCCCGAUUGCGUGGGAAGCGAAAAGAUGCGAUCUUGACCGGGGGAUGAACUAUCAAUCAAUCACUCGUUGAAUCGCCAUAGUUUACCCUCUUCGUUCGACGUUGUUUGAUCGGUUCUGGGAGACAGCUGCGGUCGUUUUCUCCUCUGUGUUCGCCAUUGUAUAUGAUAUGCAUUUUCUACUGAUGUGCCUGAAAUCCGCGAUUGAUGGGCGUUCGUGUCUGACCGAGUCUGAGAUUUGCCAUUAGUGUUACGUUCGGGGAGUAUGUAGAUUCUUCGUCGUUCGGGGAAGCCUUGCAUCGAUCGUUUGCUGUUCCGUUCUCCUUACUGUCUUCCUCCUUUUUUGGCGGUUUUUGAUCCUUUCGACAAGGUACUUCAUGUUUGUGUUCAUCUGUUAGAGCUGCGGCCGCAGUCGAUGUCUGAUUAACUCUUAACAUCAUGUUUAGAAUGCUCCAUAGAAUCCUUGGGUUUGAAGGACAGCUUCUUGUAGCGAUUUUUUUGCCGAGACUUCUGGUUUCUGGUUUGUGAAAAAGGGCGAAAAAUUGGAAUUGAGAAAGCGUUCAGUCAAAUGGGUGGAAUUUGCUCAAAGACAUCGUCUGUGGAUAAAUCGCCUAGUGAUACACUAGAUCCCAAUGGAUGCAGGAAUCAGCCAACAACGAAUCAGCCCAACAAGAAGACACAAGGGAAUGCCAUGGAAGAAGCAAUGGAGAAACGGCUGCGGGAACAACCUUUAACUGGAAACUCUUCAGUCACUUCUGCAGAUGCGACUGAACCACAAUUCUCCACGUCUGCCUCACAAACUUCUAGGCUAACCAAUUCUAAGCCCUGCGCCUUUGGGAAAUCAGGGACAAACAAGGCUUCAGAAGUGAGCUCUGUUUUAGGAAAGGCAGGUAGUAUGGGGCUUGGCAAAGCUGUGGAAGUAUUGGAUACACUUGGUAGUAGUGUCACAAGUUUGCAUCUCAGUAGUAGUUUUGUGGCAGGAAUGUCAACAAAUGGAAACAAAAUAUCCAUUUUAUCUUUUGAAGUUGCCAACACAAUAGUUAAAGGAUCCAAUCUUAUGCAAUCACUUUCAAAGGAGAAUAUAAAGCAUUUGAAGGAAGUUGUACUUCCCUCAGAAGGUGUACAACAUCUGAUAUCUAGAGAUAUGGAUGAAUUGCUAAGCAUUGCUAUUUCUGACAAAAGGGAAGAUCUUAAUGUCUUCUCUAAUGAGGUUGUGCGCUUUGGAAAUCGGUGUAAAGAUCCUCAAUGGCACAAUCUGGAGCGCUAUUUUGUCAGACUGGCAUCAGAACACACAUCUCAAAAUCAGCUGAAAGAAGUAGCAGAAUCAGCUAUUGAACAACUUUUGACAUUAGCUCAACAUACAGCUGAAUUAUAUCAUGAGUUGCAUACUUUGGAUAGAUUUGAGCAAGAUUACAAAAGGAAGCAGCAAGAGGACAAUAGUGCAAGUGGAGUUCAAAGAGGGGAGAAUCUUCAAAUUCUAAAGCAAGAGCUGAAGAGCCAAAGAAAGCAUGUAAAAUCCUUGAAGAAAAGAUCAAUGUGGUCUAAGAAUUUGGAAGAUGUACUGGUGAAGCUUGUAGAUAUUGUCCAUUUCAUACAACUGAAGAUUAGUGAUGCAUUCGGAAAUUCUGAUACUUCUAAACUAACAGAGCAGAGUACAAAGAUAAAUAGAAGAUUAGGACCCUCUGGCCUUGCUCUGCAUUAUGCAAAUAUUGUCACUCAGAUAGACACCCUUGUCUCUCGUUCAGGCUCUGUGCCCCAGAAUUCAAGAGAUUCGUUGUACCAAGGAUUGCCUCCAAAUAUAAAAUCUGCAUUCCGUACUAGGUUGCGAUUAUCUCAAACAAAGGAAGAGCUUACGGUUCCUCAAAUCAAAUCAGAGAUGGAAAAAACAUUGCGAUGGCUUGUCCCCUUUGCCAACAACACAACCAAGGCUCAUCAUGGUUUUGGAUGGGUCGGGGAGUGGGCGAACACUAGUUCUGAAGUUAAUCAAAAACCAGGUGGUCAAGUAGACUUGCUCAGAAUCGAGACACUGCAUCAUGCAGAUAAGGGCAAGACUGACGCAUACAUUCUUGAUUUAGUUUUGUGGCUUCAUCACCUUGUUUGCCAUACCAAAUCAGGGAGUGGAGGGAUCAAGUCGCCCAUCAAAUCUCCUGUCCGUUCACCCACACAAAAUGGAUUGAGUUCGUCAUUGGCCUCAACAACACACAGCUUGCCAAGUUCCACGCUCUGCCAAGAAGAACGAGAAAUGUUGCUGUACAUGAACUCCAGAAAGCUAACCCCUGGAAUUAGCAGAAGUCAGGAGUUUAACACAUCAAAGUCUAAAUUGGGUAAGAACAAGAGGUUGAGCAAGAGCAACAGCCAUUCGCCAACGAGCUGCAGCAAGAAUGACUUUUUCACGACAAGAAGGCCAUCAUUGCUUCCUGUCAUCGACUUUGACAUUGACAGAGUAAAAGCUAUGGAUGUGAUUGAUAGAGUAGAUGAUAUAAGAAAGCAAUGAAGCAUUGACAAACUGUUUCUGGAGUUUGCAGGGAGUUUAUCUCUAUCAAAGUCUUAAGUUCUCGAACAUCCGGAGUAACAAGACGUCAGUCAUCAAGACAAUGCCAAUGUGCCGCAGACAAUUUUUGCAGACAAAACUUCACUAUGUGUGCGCACAAAUACAGCGAGGGUGUGGUUAACUUGUAUCAUUUUACAGCCUGUGGGUUCAAUCAUAAGUGUAAAGGGGGAAAGGUUUCAACUGGUGUGGAACUUUCUAUAUGUACAAAGGCCUGUCGAUGAGUAUUUCUUAUAAACUGAGUUAUAAAUUUGAGCAGUGACUUCUGCA